CCUGCAGCGAGUAAAAAAGUAUUUCCUUGUUUCAAAAACUUGAAAAAUGGGAAUCUUGGUUUUCUUCUUCUUCUUACUAUUUUUCCCUUUUGCUCUCAUUUUUCGUCUCCGCAAAACCCAAAAAACCAAAAAGAUUAAUCCUCCUCCUUCCCCACCAGGAUUACCUUUGAUUGGAAACAUGCAUCAAUUUGACGGUGCAAAGCCUUAUGAAGGCUUGAGAAAGCUUUCCAACAAAUACGGCCCUCUCAUGUUAUUGAAGCUGGGAAAGAGGCAAGUUCUUGUCAUUUCUUCGGCGAAAAUGGCGAAACAAGCCCUAAAAACCCAUGAUCUCGUCUUCUCUGGAAGGCCGCCACUGGUUGUGAUGCAAAAGGUUUCUUACAAUGGUAAGGAUAUUACUUUCUCAACUUAUGGUGACUAUUGGAGGGAGAUGAAGAAACUUAGUGUGAUUCAUCUUUUUACCCAAAAAAGGGUUCAACAAUUUCGCCCUAUUCUUGAUGAUGGGAUUUCCAGCAUGAUUAAGGAAAUCUCAAAUCUCGCUUCUUCAUCUCAAGUUGUCAACUUGACUUCAAUGGCGACGAACCUAGCAAGCACAUACAUCUGUCGAAUUGCUUUCGGUAAGAAAUUCAAUAAAGAGGAUCAGGAGAGGAAAAGGUUUGAUCCCAUUUUAAGGGAGCAUCAACUAAUCUAUGCGGAAUUUUUUGUCACUGAUUAUUUGCCUUCGUUAAGCUGGAUCGAUAAGAUUAUGGGGAAAUUUGCACGUUUGGACAACAAUGUUAAGGAACUAAGUUCGUUCUUCCAAGAACUUAUAGAUGACCACCUCGAUCCAAACAGGCCAGAAACAAUGAAGAAUGAUAUUCUUGAUCUUUUGAUCCAGAUGAAAGAAGAUAAAACCUCAUCAUUUGAUUUUACUUGGGACCACAUCAAGGCAGUUCUCACGGAUGUAUUUGUUGCUGGAACAGACACAAGUUCAGCGUUGAUUAUAUGGGCUAUGACCACCUUGAUGCAAAACCCUUCUGCUAUGAAAAAAGUGCAAGCUGAAAUUCGAGAUGUGUUUGAUAAGAAAGGAGGUCAAUGGGAUGAAGUACUUCAAGAACUCCCUUAUUUUGAUGCAGUAAUAAAAGAAACCAUCAGAUUAUAUCCUCCAACUCCUGUUAAUCUGCCAAGAGAAACCAUAGGAAGUUGCAACAUAGAUGGAUGGGAUAUUGAGCCUAAUACAAUGGUUAUUUUCAAUGCAUGGGCUAUUGCUCGAGAUCCUGAAAGUUGGCCAAAUCCAGAUAGUUUCAUUCCCGAGAGAUUUUUGAACAGCAGUAUUGACAUUAAGGGAAAUGAUUUUGAGCUUAUUCCAUUUGGAGCAGGAAGAAGACAAUGUCCCGGAAUGGCUCUUGGACUAUCAACUACGAGAGUUACACUGGCCAAUCUACUUUACUCCUUUGAUUGGAAAUUGCCUUCUGGGGUGAAAAUAGCAGACAUUGAUACCGAUGCAUUUCCAGGAGCAACCAUGCAUAAAAGAAACCCACUUUACCUCAUGGCUACAAAAUAUGCUUAAUUUAGGCUUUGAGAGGUUGAUCAACUAGCAAUCUCAAAUUCCUAGCAUAUGAAAUUUUCUUAGCUUCUGUUCUCUAAUAUUGACUAAAGAAUAAAGCUGUAUUAUUCAUAUAGUUGAUGACUCCAAAAAGUUGAACAAAUACUUGUUGAUGUUCUCUCUCUCUUUUUUUUUUGAACUACAGUGUUAUUAAUACAUAUUCUCGCUCCAUAAAGAAACAAAUGCACAUUGAGCUUUUAGUACCAAUUUUAAAACUCAACCUGAAC